AUGUGCUUCCGGAUCCACGGACACCAUCACCGAGCAGCCCCGCUGCGAGAAUCCGGCCCCACGGUAGGGCUAUCGCAAAAGUGCGUAACCGUGGAGGUCAACGCCGAAGGACUCGAGGAGUUUCUUGCUGCUGCUAGCUUGUACGGGUUAGUAGUUGGCAGGCAGCUAGUUACAGAAUACGUCGACAAACGGAGCAACGUGCACAAGGACAUCAAAGCGUUGGUGAUUAAGAUCCAAGGGGCCCUUGGAUCGGCAGUUAAAGAGUGGAAGAGUAUGGCACAGAGAGCCGAAGAUGCAGAGAAGGAGCUCUUGGCAGCCAAGACUGCCAGUGAAGCAAGCCGAACGUCGGAAGCGAGAAGGCAGAUCACUAACAAAACUGCGGAGAAAAAUAGCGUGGUGGAAAGCAUCUCCCAGAGGAUGCAAACUACACCCUUUUUCACGCCGAAGAGACCAAGGGCAUCGCCAGGAGAAGUGAGACCCGGUGGCUCCAAGAAACAUAAGGACGCCCCCGUUACUGGUGCACGCCAUCCAGUAGAGAAUGUCGUCGCAGACGGCCAUACCCCGUGGCAGGUCGUCAGCAAAAGAAAAGUGAAGUCGACCGGUAAAAGCAGGUCCGACAAACGGAAGCUCAUAAAGAGAAAAAAUAAAGGUGAAGCUCUCAUCGUCAAAACAAGUGACGACUCGUACGCGGAAGUUCUGCGCACCAUGCGGACUAAUCCGGACCUUAGGGAGCUAGGGGAAGACGUGAAGAAAAUUAGGCGCACCCGCAAUGGGGAAAUGAUCCUCGAGUUAAGAAGGGAUCCAAAAGGAAGCAGCUCCUCCUACAAAGAGCUUACCGAGAAAGCUAUGGGCGAUAAGGUCGAAGUCAGGGCCCUAUGUCCGGAAGCAACCCUCCUAUGCAAAGACUUGGACGAGGUCACAUCGGAGCAGGAAGUCGAAGUAGCUAUGAAGGAGCAGUGCGAGCUAGGAGAAGCCAGGAUGACCAUCCGUGUAAGAAACGGACCUUCUGGCACGAAGGUGGCAUCGAUCAAACUACCGAUCGAUGCAGCCAAUAAGGCACUAAGAGUUGGCAAGAUCAAAAUAGGCUGGUGUGUGUGCCCCCUGAGUAUCUCUCAGCAACCGGAAGUGUGUUUCAAAUGCCUAGAGUACGGCCAUCUGGCAAGAGAUUGCAAAGGGCCUGACAGAAGCAAACUAUGCAGAAGGUGUGGUGAGGAAGGCCACAAAGCUCAGGAUUGCAGGAAGUCCCCGAAGUGCCUCAUCUGCGCAAACACAGAGAACAGCAAUCAUCCGACAGGUGGCCGAAGAUGCCCGGCCUUCAAGCAACUUUUGCUGCGACAAGCCGUUGUGGAGCAAAACUGCGAUGUUGCUAUUAUUUCGGAGCCAUACCGAAUCCCCCCCGAAGAUGGAAACUGGACAGCAGAUAGGGCGAAAACAGUAGCAGUCUGGACAGCGGGAAGAUAUCCCGUGCAAGAAGUGGUGUACUGCGCAGAUGAAGGUUUUGUGGUUGUGAAAAUCAACGGAAUUUUUAUAUGUAGCUGCUAUGCCCCACCAAGAUGGACGAUAGAGCAGUUUAACCAAAUGCUGGACAGGAUAACCGAGGAGCUAAUCGGCCGAAGACCAGUCGUCAUUGCCGGCGAUUUUAACGCUUGGGCGGUCGAAUGGGGUAGCCGUCUCACAACCCCAAGAGGAAGUAGUCUACUGGAGGCCCUAGCUAAGCUAAACAUAGACAUCGCCAACGAAGGUAGCACCAGUACGUAUCGUAGGGAAGGUAGAGAGUCUAUCGUCGACGUCACCUUUUGCAGUCCUGUUCUGAUGGGAGCGAUAAAUUGGAGAGUAUGUGAGGAAUACACCCACAGCGACCAUCAAGCCAUCCGGUACCAUAUUGGAGGCAGGGCUCGGCUGGAGUCACGUGGGACACAAACGAAUGAGCGGAGGUGGAGGACAGCGAACUUCGAAAAGGACGUGUUUGUGGAGGCGCUAAGGCUGGAGAGCAAUUCACUGAACCUCAGUGCAGACGAGCUGGAAGCGGUACUAUCCCGCGCGUGCGACGCUACAAUGCCAAGGAUGGGAAAACCAAGAAACAGUCGACACCCCGUCUACUGGUGGAACCCAACGAUUGCUGAUCUGCGAGCACAGUGCUUACGAGCUAGAAGAAGGAUGCAGAGGGCUAGAAAUGACGGUGAUAGGGAGCAACGUAGGUUACCUUACAGAGCAGCAAGAGCCGCAUUGAACAAAGCGAUCAAGCUCAGCAAGAAAGCCUGUCUUGACAAUCUCUGUCAUAAGGCCAACUUGAAUCCAUGGGGUAGUGCGUACAAAGUAGCAAUGUCGAAGAUAAAAGGUCCUGCGGUACCACCCGACAGAUGCCCGGAAAAGAUGAAAGUUAUCAUCGAGGCACUGUUUCCGAUUCACGAGCCGACAAUCUGGCCGCCCACACCGUACGUCAAUCAGGAUACCCACGAUGAAGAAAUCAGGGUGACUAACGAAGAGCUGAUCGCGGUAGCGAAAGUCUUGCCAAUCGAGAGAGCCCCUGGCCCGGACGGGAUACCAAACGUGGCACUAAAAGCAGCAAUCUACGAAAACCCGGAUAUGUUCAGGAGCACAAUACAACAUUGCAUUCAGGAGGGCAGUUUCCCUGACAUCUGGAAACGACAGAAAUUGGUGCUACUGCCAAAGCCUGGGAAACUUCCCGGCGACCCUUCAGCGUAUAGGCCGAUAUGCCUAUUGGAUACCGUUGGUAAAUUGUUGGAGAGAGUGGUCCUAAACAGGCUCACGAAAUACACUGAGAGUGAGAGCGGUCUAUCAGAAUUGCAGUUCGGAUUCCGGAAAGGCAGGAGCACUGUAGAUGCCAUCAGAACGGUUGUGGAUGCUAUGCAGACGGCGCAGAAGCAACAGAGAAGGGGAAACCGUUACUGCGCGGUGGUCACCCUAGACGUCAAAAAUGCUUUCAACAGUGCCAGCUGA